AUGGCCAGGAGAGAAUCUAAAAAAACACAAAUCAUUAAGCAUGCACCAUUACGUCCUUAUGUGCACACAGAAUUGGACACAACAUUAUAUAUUAAGACAAAUACACCAUUUAUAUCAGCAAUCAAAAGAAUCGAGAAAAUGAUUUUGAAGUUUGAUGAUAUACCUAAUAAAAAGGGUACCUUAGUACGAAGGGGGAAUAUUAGUAAGAAAACUAAUUACAUCACUGUUAAAGGAAUGGGUAAAUCGAUAAACAAGGUAAUUAAUAUUGGAUUACAUUUUAAGUUUGAAGAAAACUUUCAAGUAGACAUAUUUACUAAAAGUGUUGGUGUAUUAGAUGAGUUUGUCCAAAUUGAAAAAACAGAGGAUCAAGAGCAAAUAAGAAAAAAGGAAAAUGGCAAUGAUGGUGAGAAAGAAGAAGAAGAAGAAGAAGAAGAAGAAGAAGAAGAAGAAGAAGAAGAAGAGCUGGUAAGAAAAAGAAACGUCGGUGCUGUAGAAGUUCGUGUUUAUUUAUAA